GUCGGAAGCUGGCAGCUGGAGGUUGACGGUGUUUUGUAUCGCUGAGGCUCGGUGGAGCUGCUGGAGGAACCAUGUCCGCUCUUCAGCAUCUGAGGCUGUUCGUGAAGGAGCGUCUGAGCGCUGCAGCGGAGGAAAUCUUCAAGGAGUUUGAGAAAACCGUCCUGCAGUACGAGGAGCAGCUGCACCAGCAGCACCGGGCCCUGAGCUGGACUGCAGACUCUGCAGACCUUCCACAGGAAGAUGACUGCAAAGAGGAGGAGAAGGUUUCCAUCGAGCUCUGUAAGCAGAAAGAGGCCUCUGCUGUGGACCAGGAGAAACCAGAACCAGUACAGAUUAAAGAGGAACAGGAGGAGCUCUACACCGGUCAGGAGGGAGAGCAGCUUAUCCUGAAGGAGGAGAGCGAGACAAUUAUGGUGACUCUUACUUAUGAUGAAAGUGACCUCAGUGAACCUCAGCACAAGUAUGUGGACUCUGGAUCUACGACAAAUGCAGAGCCACAGCCAGAGGAGCUACAUCAGCGUACCAGAAGCACCGCGAAAGCUGUCACAUCACACAGUCAGCGUAAACCUGACGUGGGGAAAAAGUCUGUAAAAUGUGACGUUUGUGGAAAAACCUUCAAGUAUAAUUUCCAGAUGAAGAAACAUUACAGAAUCCACACAGGCGAGAAGCCGUACGCCUGCAGCACUUGUGGAAAAAGAUUCUAUCAGAUUUAUUUCAUGAAAUAUCACGAAAGAAAUCAUACAGGUGAGAAGUCACACCUGUGCAUCACCUGUGGGAAAAGAUUCACUGACCUAUCGGCACUUAAAAGGCAUACAUCGAUCCACACAGGCGAGAAGCCGUAUUCCUGCGAAACGUGCGGGAAAUGUUUCAGGCACAGUGCGACUCUGUUGGUUCACAUGAGAACCCACACAGGUGAGAAGCCGUACGCUUGCAACACCUGUGGGAAAAGAUUCACCAACUUAUCCGCGUUUAAAAAACACGCUGCAAUCCACACAGGUGAGAAACCGUAUUCCUGUAAAAUCUGCGGGAAAAGUUUCACUCAGAGCGGGAAUCUGACAGUUCACAUGAGAACGCACACGGGUGAAAAGUGGUACUCCUGCGAAACGUGUGGCAAAAGUUUCAGUCGAAGUAGCAAUUUAACUGUUCACAUGAGAACGCACACAGGUGAGAAGCCUUACCACUGCAACACCUGUGGGGAACGAUUUAAAUACGCCGCAACGCUAAAGAACCACAUGGGAACGCACGCAGCAGAGACGUCGCACGCUUGCAAAAAAUGUGGGAAAGGCACCAAGGGGGAUAUCCUCCUUCUUCUGCGUUUGCUGCUCCUGAAGGCGGCACGUUAUGCCGCAUCAGCGGCGCAGGCGCUAGCAGCGUUAGCUGCUGGAGGCAGGAUGUCUUCAGCUCAGUGUUUUCCUCCGGCUCAUGAACUCUGUCAGACGGAUGUGGAGCGAACCUUCGUCCGCUGUCAGGAGGAGCUGCUGGACAUCAGCUGGAAGCCUGAGAUAAAGUUACACAGAAUCGAUCUUCUGUGUGUCAGUCAGAAUGAGGAAGAGGAGCUCUGUAACCAGGAGAGAAACUCCAGUCUGGACCAGGAGGAUCCAGAACCUCCACAAAUCAAAGAGGAAGAGGAAGAGCUCUUCAUCAGUCAGGAGGGAAAGCAGCUCCUACUAAAGGAGGAGAUCGAUACUUUUAUGGUGACUCCUGCUUAUGAGGACAGUGACCUCAGCGAGUCAGAAUCAAACUGUGAUCAGCUCCUCUCUCCCAGCUCUCCUGAAACUGAGAGCUUGAACGAAGGAAGCUUUGAUGUAGCCUCAGGAUCAACUAGAAAUGCAGAGCUGAAACCAAAGCAGAGCCGUCACAGAAACAGUGACAGCAAUUUAGACUCUGUCAGUAAAUGUGAUGUUUGUGGGAAAGACUUUCAAGAUGACGGGAACCAACACAGAACCUCAGAGAAGCCGUACGCUUGCAGCACCUGCGAGAAAGAGUUCUAUCAGCUUUAUAUAAUGAAGUAUCACCAAAGUGGCAUCGCAGAGGAGAAGCCGUUUUCUUGUGAAACAUGUGGGAGAGGUUUCCGAGCUCGAGAUAAAAUGUUGAUUCACAUGAGAAUCCACACAGGCGAGAAGCCCUACCUUUGUAAUGCCUGUGGGAAAAGCUUUUCUCAGUCAUCGGCGUUGAAACGGCAUGCGUUAAUUCACUCGGGAGAGAAGCCGUAUUCCUGCAAAAUAUGUGGGAAAACCUUCUGUCAGAGUAGUGAUUUGACCGUCCACAGCAGAAUCCACACGGGUGACAAACCGCACAUCUGUAAGAGCUGUGGGAGAAAGUUCUCUGACGCUUCAGCGUUCAAACGGCACACGGCGAUCCACACGGGCGAGAAACCGUAUUCCUGUAAACUGUGUGGAAACAGCUUCAGGCAGAGUGGCCAUUUGCUGCGACACAUGAAGAUCCACACAGGCCAGAAGGACUACUCUUGUACAAUAUGUGGCAAAAGUUUCACUCAAAGCGGCGGUUUGAACGUCCACAUGAGGAUUCACAAUAGAUAGAGACCGUACUCUUGCAAAGUGUGGGAAAAGCUUCAUCAAUCGUCGUAACGUGUCUGCACUCAUGAAAAUAUAAAUUUGCAGGAGAAGGAGUCCUGCCAGACAUGUGGGAAGAGUUUCACUCAGUGUUAGUUUAACAGCCCACAGACUCUCAGGAGGAAAGUCAGGCCUGUAAUGUCUGAGUGGAAAAUACGUCUGGGAACAGAAGUCGUUAAGUAGAGCUUUCAGUUUUUAAGCGAUGUAUAGCAGGCUGUGUUCGAUGAAGCUGCCUGGGCCUGGAUCAGCGUGUCAGACUGCACAAUCAAUCUUUGUCAAAUUGUCCAGUAGAUGUGGUGAAUCUGUAAUAAGUGCAUUUCAGUUUUUAUUGAAUAGGUCUUAUUGAAAUGUGGAUGUUUGUAAGGGCGUAUGAUGAUGUCAUGGAUUCAGUGGGUUGUACUCUGAGGCCUGUACAACAUUUGAAAUGUUGUCAGUGUGCUUUCUGCAGGCAGAUAUAACGUUCAAACGAUUUUCAGAUGACUGCAUUCUGUGUUACAUCGCUCCUGUUUCAAAUAGUUUUAUGUCAGAGCACGUUGUCUCAGCUUGUUCCUGUGUGCAGUGUUUGUGAUUGGGACACGCAGCUGAGGCAAUAUUAGAUGUAGAUGUUGGAUAACAAUCAUUCUUUUAGCACCAGUUACUCAGGUUCAUUCACCUAACAGUAAUUUAUACUCCAAGUAUCACCUGGUGUCAUAAUAGCAGUAAUUGUAUAACUUUGUUGUAUUGCAAGGGUAACUGAAGCUACACAGCAGGAGUGAAGGAGGUCAAAAUGAAGAAGAUCUUGUUAAAUGUGUGAGGUGUUAAUGUUUCAUCUGAAAUUAAAGACUUUAAAACCUCUGUUAAUGUUUCUCUCUCCUGAACCUGCUGGAAGAACAUGGUGAACUGAUAAGGACCACGGUUUACCCCACCUCUGUGUACUUAGAGGGCCUGUAACUCUGAAAAUACUUAAAGUACGAGUGUUGCAUGGUUUAUUUAAACGUACUGAACUAUUGUACAGAAAAACUGAUUAUGAGUCAAGUGUGAAAUUUUCCAGAUUUUAUAUGAAAUAUAAAUGAUGUUGUUUGGUUUUACGUUAUGUUUCCAUCUGAGGCACCUGAUUAAAAUUUGCACAUUG